GCUUUCCCAGAGGAGGAAGAAGAGGGACUGGGUUCAGCUUCCUCAUCGAGGGGAGUAUGUGCGCGUGCACGUGCGUGGUGCAAGAGAACUGUACACCGAGGUCAGAUGUUUCCCGGGCUGAGCACGUGACCUCGGAGUAAAAGUAUAAAGAAAGAUGCGGGGGACCGGACGCCUAACUCAGUAGCUUCUCAAACUCUGGAGAGAAAGAGAGCAAGGAGCCGAUAAUUAAAGAGGAAGAGAAGAAAGAGCCACAGAAUAACAAGCGAGGAGGAGAAUGGCACAGCGCUCUGAAAGAAUGUCUCAGGACCUGUCAGAAGCCCUGAAAGAAAGCACCAAAGAGGUGCAUGCGCAGGCAGAGACCACAGAUUUCAUGAUGCGUUUCCAGAAGGGACAGAUGUCACUUCAUGAAUUCAAGCUGUACCUGGCUUCUCUGUACUACGUCUAUGUGGCCCUGGAGAAAGAGUCUGAGAGGAAUAAAGACAACCCAGUCUAUGCCCCUGUUUAUUUCCCAAACGAGCUCAAUCGCAGGGCAGCUUUGGAGGAAGACUUGGAGUAUUUCUAUGGGCCCAAAUGGAGGAAGGAGAUCCAGUGUCACGAGGCAACUCAGAAAUACGUGGACAGGCUGCACCAUGUGGGCCAGUACGAACCUGAGCUUUUGGUGGCCCAUGCUUAUACGCGAUACUUGGGAGAUUUGUCCGGGGGUCAGAUUCUGAAGAAAAUCGCCCAGAAAAUGUUCCAUCUGCCCAGCACUGGAGAAGGGCUGUCAUUCUUCAACUUCCCUGGAGUCACCAAUAUCAGCAAGUUCAAGCAGCUGUAUCGAGCACGGAUGAACAGUCUCCCCAUGGACUCAGCUACUGAGGAGAGAAUACUUGAGGAGGCCAAGAGAUCUUUCCUGCUGAAUAUAGAAGUGUUCAAGGAGUUGCAGAGAUUGACAAGCCAAGGGCAGACCACAGAAAACCUCCGCCUUGAGGAACCAAAACUAGACCUCCACACAAGAGGAAUCAACAGAACUCACAGUCCAAAGGAAAGUGACCGUGUGCAGAUGAGCCACCAGCAGAUGCUACCCAGCACACCACUCCUGCGCUGGGCUCUCGCCAUCUUCCUCUUGGCAACAACAGUCGGUGUGGGCUUGUAUGUCAUGUGAGCAGAAGAAACCUCAGCCAUGCCUUUCACCAGCACCUGCCUCAUCCUGAACUAACAGACCUUUCCCUUGUGGAAGAAAGCCUGCUUACAUGGCCUAGUUUGGGCGAUCUGAGCUCAGCUGUUAUCACCUCACUAACUUGAUAAAAGACUCUUAAAAAACUUUAGAAAGUCAAAUCAAAUGCUGGAGAGCCAUAAAGACUGAUAACUUGCCAGCUGGGACAACUGAGGAAUAAAUGUUGCUCCUGGUACUUUGCCUAGUGUUAUGUCUUAGUACUGUCUACUGCACACUUCAGCAACCUGAUCCCACCCCCGCCCCCGAUAUUUUGGACUACAAGUCCCAUCGGCCCUAGCUGCUACAUGCUGGCUGGGGAUGGUGGGAGUUGUAGUCCAAAAUAUCUGAUGGUCACGAAGCUGUUCCAAUGUUGCGUUGCUUGCUUCUCCCUGUCCUGAGACAAAAAUGCAUUGCUCAAACUAUGAUUUUAUGUAAUGUUUGUGUUUUAUGUAAUGAUGUUUGUUUUUGAAAUGCAUUUGUACCUCGGUCCUAUAUUUUUUGGGGGUGGGUGGGUUAUGAUAUAUUCUCUUUCAUCUGUAACUUGCCUUUUAUAAAUUAUGUGCUCAAUCAUUAAACCUCCCUGUGAGUAGAA